AUGGAUAUGAAGACAUGUGGUACAUGCAAACGUUCAUUAUCCCCAGAAGCCUUUAUCCAUAAUAACAAAUCUUAUAAAACAUGUUCUACUUGCUUAACUACAAAGUCCAACAAGAGAGCGGAGAAACGAUCUAUUCCAUCUGAUAACGACUUUGAAAACAUGAAUAAUCAAACAGAAAGUCAAUUAAAUAUGGAAGAAAUCGCCUUUACGAAUAUUAUAGAAUAUGUUUCUAAUAAACUUACUAACCUUGAGGAUGAUUCCGGCAUUUCCUUUAAUUUGCGUAUUGAACUUGAUGAUAAUGUACUGACAAAUGCGCAUCAUGAUAUGAAACUUUUGGCAAAAUUAAUAGUUGACGAAAUUGAGGAAGGAGACGGGUAUCAUUGGACUGUAGCCUAG